AUGGAAGCGGACUGGAGGUAUUGGAUUUCGAUCGCACUGAAUCUUCUCUUGACAACGGCAAAUUCUCAAUUAACUAAAUUAAAAGGUAAAAAAAAUGUAUGAAUUAUUUCUAUUACGUGAAAACCAAUUUGAAGAUGUUUAAAUUAAUGUUAGAACUAUUUAAAAUUAAAAGGACAUGUUAAUAUAUGAAUAAAUGCACAAACGCAAAAAUAAUUAGAAAAUGGUAUCAAGGAUUAUUUGAUAGAAAGAUAUAGCAUAUAAUUUACUAUUUUUGUAUCUGAUUUGAAAAAAAAGUGAAAAUACAAAAUUGUUUAUCAUGUAGAAAUUCCAUAUUCUUUAAAUGAAAAAUGUAAGUAUGUGUAAUUUGCAGAUAUACAAUAUUUGCAUAGCACACAUCUGUUGCUUAUAAAUGUAUAUAUUCGUGUCAAUAAAUUUAACAUGUAUUAAAUGCUCUAAAUUUUAAGCAAUAUCUUUAAUCACCUCCUGUAAUUCAGCUUUUGUAAACAUAUGGAACAGUUUCUCAGGUGUCAUUGUCAUUACUUCUAUAUUAUUAUCACUCAAUUUCUCUUCCAUAACUUGCUUCAAUAUAACCAAAGCAGCUUUUAUUGCUUCUUUAAGUGUCAUAGACUGUAAUGAUAUUGUAAAAUAUUGUAAAAAUACUCAUAAAAAAUAUUAAUACAAAAAAUUGAUUCCUUACCUUAUGAUAAACUUCUUGGAGGUUCUGUUGUGCGCCCUCACUACCAGAUCCAAUAGCUUUAGCAUCAAAUUGUACAAAAGUGCCAGAAGGAUCCAUAUGAUACAACUGAGGCCCUUUCUCAUCAAUACCAGCAAAUAACAUCGCUACACCAAAUGGUCUUGACAUAGCACUACCAUCAUCGUCGCUAUCUCCAAAUUGUAUGGCUAAAUUAGAUACAGCUUGUGCUGUUGAUUCCACAGACAUUCUCUCGUUGUAGACAAACCAAUGAUUUUGACAUUCUACUCUAGCACGAUCAAUCAUAGUCCUAGAAUCAGCUAUUAAGCCUGAUGCUGCGCAUCCAAUAUGUUUAUCAAUUUCUACAAUUUUUUCUACAGUUGUGGGUUCCAUUAAACUGGAAGUGAUACGUUUUUCCACAACUAAUACUACACCCUCCAAUGUCGCAAUUCCAAUGGCAGUAGAACCAAGUUUUAUAGCUUCUAUGGCAUAUUCAACUUGGAAUAAUCUUCCCUCUGGAGAGAAGAUAAAAAUGGACAAAAUGAAUAAUAGAGAUAUUAAUUUAUUAUCUAAAUUUAAUUCUACUUUUGCUGAAAAAGAUUGGAAUGAAUUACUAAAUCUUCUUAAUCCAAAAAUGUUUAAACCUUUUGAAUCAAAAUUGAAAAAUUUCAGGGAAUUGGUUGCUUCACCAAUUUUAGCAAAAAUAGCACAAAUUCUUACAACAGAAAAUUCUGAUGUUCCAAACGAUAUAAAAAUUGCUUGCUUAAAAUGUCUAGGAAAUUCUUGUUUUAAUAAUUAUAUCUAUAAAGAAUAUGUUUUAACUAACAUUGAAAAAGGAACAUACAGUCACAAGUUGUAUUCUACUCUAGCAAAUAAUGAAAAUUUAAAAGAAAUGGAAAGUUCUAAUCCUUAUCCAUUUGAUUCUUACUUUCCUUAUGAAGGAGUGAUAGAAUGGACAUUGAAGUUUAUUAUAUCUUGUAAAACUGACAAUCAUCUGUUAAAUGAGAAAUUAGAAAUUUUGAGAUUGAGUAUUCAGUUCCUAUGUAAUCUGUUUACAUUUGCAUGUAAAAAUAAUCUAGACCAAUGUGAUAUACCACAAUAUUUGUACGAUAUUAAUUUAAAGGAUGUGAUAAUAAGUAUGACACAUUCUGAACAUAUACCAAUUGUUAGAGCUUCAUGUGCAUUUAUACACAAUGCUUUAAAAGAAUUUGAAGGAGAAACUUUUUUGGAAGAAGAAAAAGAACUUUUAUGUUCACAGUUAUUGAGACCAUCUAAAGAAGGUUUUGAAAGUGCAAAGGAAGCUCUCAUGCUUUUAUUAUGUGGAAAAGAUGUGCUACAGUGUACAUACAAUAAUAUGACUAUUGAAAAUAAAUUAUGUUUAUUGGAAAUAAUUUAUAACGAACUCUCAGACACAAAGCACAAAUCUGAAAAUGAAUAUAUGUUUACGAAAGAGACGAUUGAAUUUUUAAUUGAAAGAUUUUGUAGACGAAGUGACUUAAUUUUGAAAACAGUAGAUACAUGUUUAGAUGAAAUAGAACCUACAGAAAUUGUUAUUCUUCUUGAUAUUCUUGGUGUCUUAACUUCAAGAUUAUACGAAGAAUAUAAUUUAUUACAGUCUAUUCAAAUGAUUGGAAAACAAUCAGAUAAUUAUUUUACACCACUGCAAAAACUGAGUGAUGUAGCUUCAGCAAUACAAGGAACAAGGAAUAGUGAUUCAAAACCAUGUUCAAGUAGCGAUGAAAAUAAAUUGAAUUCGACAAUGACUGACCUGCAAAAUCAUCCUACAUUUGGUUUUAAAGCUGGUUUAAUAAGAAUUAUUGGGAACAUGUGCUAUAGAAAUAAGGAAUGUCAAGAUCUUGUAAGUAUUAAAUUUUUGUUUUCGAACAAUAUUUCAAACAAAAUAUUUAUUAAAAUAACCAACUGUCGGUAAUAUAAUCUAUCACAGACGAGGUAUCUCGUCCACGGUAUUGCUUGGAAAGUAGCGCCUUAAAGUCCUAUACGGAAGUAACCGCAACUACGUCGUGUAUUACAGAAUAACUACGAUAACCUCAUACAUCGAACACUUUCUCAAACGAAAAAGGCCAAAAUUCUUUUUUUUAUUAGUUAUCGAUUUACUAA